AGUUUGUUUAUGGAUACUGGUAUACAAAUGGUGUUUCAUUAGGUUUAGAAUUUGUCUAAAAACCGAUACUACCCCUUGGUGAAAUUGAUUUAGAGAAUAUGGAGAAACUCGAGAAACCGCAGAUAAUUUGUCAUAUUGAGAAAUCAGUAAAUUAUUCAUUAUUUGAUACCAAAUGGAUACCUUGCAGUGCAAAGUUUGUGGUUAUGGGCUCACGGCCGCGAGGUAGUGGUAUAAUACAAAUCUAUGAAUUAUCUAGCGGAGAAUUGAAAUUAAUUAAAGAUAUCGAAAGGUCGCAACCUGUAAAAUGUGGUACUUUUAAGGCUUCCAGUUUGAAAGACAGAUAUUUGGCAACUGGAGAUUUUCAGGGUAAACUUAACAUCUACAACUUAGAAGAUCCCUCCAUACCAAUUUACACAGCUAAGGCUCACAAUGAGAUCAUCAAUGCCAUUGAUGGAGUUGCUGGACAAAGUGUUGGUUGUGGUGCACCAGAAUUAGUAACUGGUUCUAAAGAUGGAAGUGUUAAAGUAUGGGAUCCUAGACAAAAGGAUCGUCCGGUAGCUGUAAUGGAACCUAAAGAAGGUGAAAGCCGAAGAGACUGUUGGACAGUUACAUUUGGAAAUUCCUAUAACUCUGAAGAAAGAGUUGUAGCUGCAGGUUAUGAUAAUGGGGAUGUGAAAAUGUUUGAUCUGAAAGCAAUGUCUGUCAGAUGGGAAAGUAAUCUGAAGAAUGGAGUUUGCAGUGUUGAAUUUGACAGAAAAGAUAUUUCAAUGAACAAACUAGUAGCAACAACUUUGGAAUCGAAAUUCUACUUAUUCGAUUUAAAAACACAACAUCCCAAAAAAGGAUUUGCAUACCUUACCGAACAAGCACACAAUUCAACAGUAUGGUUGGUCAGACAUUUGCCUCAAAAUCGGGAGAUAUUUGUUACUUGUGGUGGAGGAGGAAGCCUUUGUCUUUGGAAAUAUAAUUAUCCAGAAAAAAGGAAGAUAGUAGACGCGGAUGGCAUAGAACAAGGUGUGGUUGGAAAUCUGUCUCUUUUACAAAAUAUCACUGUUUCAUCUCAACCAGUUAGUUCUUUGGAUUGGAGCCCGGACAAACAAGGAUUGGCAGUUUGUACCGCAUUUGAUCAAUGUGUACGGGUCAUAAUCACUACGAAACUUAAUACUUACUGAAAAAAAUUGGAAAAAUUUCUACUAUAUUCCUUCAAGUUUUUCUACACGACGCAUCUUAAUAAAAUAGAUCAUUGAUAUUGCACAGACCAAGGAAAAUACAAAUGCGCUUUUAUACUUGUAAAUAAUAUUAUUUACAUCACUUUGUAGUUUUAUCAAUAAAACAGUUAUUGAAUUAGUGUCGAUAAAA